AUGUAAGGUCAAAUAAUUAAACAAUCUUGAUUUUCUUGUAUUAUAUAUAUCCAUUUCCUGCACUAUAUACAUAUAAACCCUCUUAAGUAUGAUUCAAAACUGUCUUGCAUCUCCUCAAAGGCCCUGUAAAAUGGGAAUCUUUCUGCUAUUACUCAUCAUCAUCAGCUGUUUCACUCGAAUUUCAGCAAACCCUUCUGCACAAUCAUUCUACGACGAAAAGGUGCUCCGAAAUGAUUCCGACUCCAUCAAGAAAGCCUCCAACGACUACGGAAACAUCGUCCACGAAAUCCCGUCAGCAGUUCUUUUCCCGUCUUCCGUCAAGGAGAUUUCUUGUCUCGUCAGGUCGUCGAACGAGCGCUCCCCUCCGUUCACGGUGGCGGCGAGAGGGCGUGGGCAUUCGGUGAGGGGGCAAGCGAUGGCACGCGGGGGGGUGGUGGUGGACAUGACUGCUCUCAAUAAAACCCGGAGCCGGAUCAGGGUUUCUGGGAAGGAGUCGUCAGGGUUUUAUGCGGAUGUUGGGGCUGAGCAGCUGUGGAUUGAUGUGCUGCGGGCAACGCUGAAACGUGGGCUGGCGCCUGUUUCGUGGACGAAUUAUUUGUACUUGAGUGUGGGCGGAACGCUGUCUAAUGCUGGGAUUAGCGGGCAGACAUUUCAGCGCGGCCCUCAGAUCAACAAUGUUCUUGAACUUGACGUUAUUACGGGUAAAGGGGAAUUUAUAACUUGCUCUAGAGAGAGGAAAGCGAAGCUAUUUUUCGCAGUUCUAGGUGGUCUGGGACAAUUCGGCAUCAUAACCAGAGCAAGAAUUAUCCUAGAGAAAGCACCAACAAGAGUAAAAUGGGUUAGAUUGAUAUACAGUAAUUUCUCCAUAUUCACAACAGACCAAGAACAUCUUAUCUCCAGCAAUUCCCCAGAUUAUGUGCUAGGUUUCCUCAUCAUAGAUGAGAAUACAACAAAUCAGUGGAGAUCUUCCUUCUCCUCCCCUUCCCGCCAAUCCGACAUUGAUGCAUUGUUAAAGAAGCAAGGCAUCCUCUACUCCAUUGAACUGGUCAAGUAUUACGACAACCGGACGACUUCAACCAUUGAUAAGGACUUUGAGACGUUGCUUAAGGAGCUGAACUACAAUCCAGAAUUCAUCUUCAGAACAGAUACCUCCCUCUUCGACUUCCUUCAUAGAAUUGGAGAUUUGGACAGCCCGACAGGGCCAUUGGACUCUCAUCCAUGGCUCAAUCUCUUCAUUCCCAAGUCCCGAAUUUCUGAUUUCAAUGCUGGAGUCUUGGCCACCUUGCUUCCCAAACUCAACGAGUCCUCCACCAUCCUUUUCUACCCAUUCAACCGGAAAAAAUGGGAUGAUAGAAUGUCCGCAGUAAUACCAGAGGAGGAUGUGUUCUACACACUUGGACUGCUGCAUUCAAGUUCGCCCAAUGCAUACCAGAUAUAUGAUGAAUUCAACAGCCAAGUUCUUGGAUUCUGCAAAAGGGCUGGCAUCAAGGUGAAGCAGUAUCUUCCUAAUUACAAAUCUCAGGGAGACUGGAUACAGCAUUUUGGCCCCAAAUGGCCAACUUUCCGACAAAGGAAAGCAACCUUUGACCCCAAAUUCAUAUUAUCACCUGGACAAGGAAUUUUUAACUCUGCCUGAAUAAGAUUGAUUUAGGCCAUAGUUUGAAUAAAAAGAUUGAAGGUCUUUGUGAACUUUGUUUCGCUCAUGUUUAAUGCGUUGAUUGUAACUUCAUGCAACGUUAAUUAAACUAAGAUUUGUGUUUUUUUUUCUUAAGGAGGCCCAACUAUCCUCCAAGCAAUUCGAACCCAUGGCCAAAGUCAUAAGUGCAAGGUGUUCUUACCAAGAAGCCACCUUGUCUUGUCUAAACUAAAAUUUGUGUCAGCAUGAUUGCAUUUUAAUAUUUAAAUUGUAACAUACGUUCCUUCAUUUUUCUGG